GGCUGCGCCGCGAUGCGGGGCGCGUAGCGGCACAAUGGAGAGCCAGCUGGCUCGCUGCAAGAUCGUGGUGGUGGGGGACACCCAGUGCGGCAAGACUGCGCUGCUGCACGUCUUCGCCAAGGACUGCUACCCCGAGAACUAUGUGCCCACCGUGUUCGAGAACUACACGGCCAGCUUCGAGAUCGAGAAGCAGCGCAUCGAGCUCAACAUGUGGGACACGUCCGGCUCUGCCUACUACGACAACGUCCGCCCCUUGGCCUACCCUGAUUCGGAUGCUGUGCUCAUCUGCUUUGACAUCAGCCGCCCAGAGACUCUGGACAGUGUGCUCAAGAAGUGGCAAGGGGAGACCCAGGAGUUCUGCCCCAAUGCGAAGAUUGUGCUGGUUGGCUGCAAGCUGGACAUGCGGACAGAUCUGAACACCCUGCGGGAGCUCUCCAAGCAGCGCCUCAUCCCUGUCACACAUGAGCAGGGCAGCAUGUUGGCACGGCAGAUCGGGGCAGUGGCUUACGUCGAGUGCUCCUCCAAGGUCUCGGAGAACAGCGUGCGUGAUGUUUUCCAUGUGACCACGCUGGCUUCAGUCAACAGGAUGCACAAGAACCUGAAACGCAGCAACUCCAAGCGGGGACUGAAGCGGGCCUCUCAGAUGCCUGGCAGGACGGACUUGUUGAAUGACACGGAGAUCAGGAAAGACCGAGCCAAAAGCUGCUCCAUUAUGUGAAAAAUGGGCUGUAAAUAACAUGUGUGUUGUUCAUUUUGUACAGUAACUGGCCUAGACUAGGGCAUGGUGCUGGCGUCUCAAGCCAACCUGCCUCUCCAAGGCCUUUCCUUCCAUCUCUAGGUCAGAUAAAAGGCCCUCACUGCAAACCAGGGUGCAUCUGUCACACCCCCACCAUGGAGACUUCUGGAUCAGCUGUUGCUGUGCUGAUUGCUAGGGGUAAAGGAGCCACUUGGCAAAGGAGUAUUCAGGUGCUGGAAAGUAUGUGAUUAGGCAUAGCAAUGGGGGGCACAAGUCUGUGUAUGUGCCUCUCUUCUAUACACGUAGCCCCGCUCCAUGUGUCUGCAGCUACAGGUGUGUGUGUGUGUGUGUGUGUGUGUGUGUAUAUUCUGUCACGCACAUUGGAGGGAGAGGUUGAGGCACUUGGAAAGGAGGGUUGGGAAGUGGGUGGUACUGCCAGUGGCCAUAUGUGAUUUAAGAGGGGAAAAAAAAUAAUAUUCCAAUUUACUUGAUGCUUGUCCUCCUAAAGGUAAGUCAGCAUUGGCCCAAAUGAGCAGAGCACCCACUAAAAGGUGACUGGCUCUGGCAGGGUCACCACUGAAAAGGGAGUGGGGGUGGCCUUGUUCAAAGCACUUGGAAAGGAGGGUUCUCUGGGGUAGCUUUAACACAGUGGGACACCAGGAUAGUCAGCCCCUGGCAGAGCACACAGAUUGCAUAUCAUAUCAAAACACAGUCCUCUGUCAACAAUGGUGAUAUAAGGGUGGGUAGGAAAGAGCAGUUUUUGGUAACUAUCCUAUAAAUUUUGGUUCCCUUUGAAGCAGGUGCUAUUCAGGAGUGUGUCAUAGCACCGAUUACCAGGCUAGUAACCAGACUGCUCUCAGCUAGGAGCAACUAUACCCACCAGAUGCCCAGCUUCUGAUAAGGCAAACUGCAGUAACUAUCCAAAUCCGGUUCUCCAACCAUUUCCUGCCCAGGUCAUGUUGCAUGGUGCCUGUGUGUGUCUGGCUUGAAUAAACAGAAAGCAAACUUGUGCCUAGUCUCUACUGCAACAGCAGGAAGGCUGGAGUUCCCUUCCCUGCUCACCAUGCUGUAAAAGGCCUGCUACUACCACCUCUCAUUGCUUCUAAUACUGCCUUUUCUAGUGCCUCUGACUACAGUCUUAACCUGGACUCUGUCAAAUAGACACUUUAAGGAAUAACCUGUUCCAUUUUCUGGGCCCAGCUGUGUCAGGAGGUUAUAGGAACCUAAUAAACAACAUCAAUACACAAUG